AUGGUAAAACAAAUGGGAGGUUGGAAGUCGGAUUUUGUUGCGCAAGGCUACAUCGACAUAUCAAUGCACAACAAAAAUAAGAUUUUUCAAAGCCUAACUCAUGCAGCUGCAUCAAAAGCGAGCUCUCGAAGUCGAGAGAUGCUCACCGCAGAAAAUGAGAUGAGGAGCUGUCCAGUACCGUCGACCAGUGCUCAGAAGGAACGUCAGGUGCUCGACGACACUGCUGCUGCUUCAGCACUGCUCGUUGCAGAAGACGAGAUUGUUAGCGCUGAAAUUUUAAAAGAAUUUUUUGUCGAUGAAAACAGUUUCGAUGCAGUGACGUGCGUGCACGAAAAUUUCACGGAAACUUUGCAGCCAGAAGAGUUUACCACGACUCGAGGAAAAAAUUUAAACGUUGAUGAAAGAAGCACCUCGAAAAAAACACCAUUUUUUAUUAAAAAACCUGUGAAAUUGAUUUCCAAUGAGGCUAAGAACGAAAAUUCAUCUGCAUCAAAAAUUGUAGGCAAUUCAGCGAGUAAAAGGAAAUCUAAUGCGACUGAAGAAACAAUGAGGACAGCUCAUGAGAGCAAUAAAGUCAAGCGUCUGUUUAGCAGGGUGACUCCGAUACCUCGAAUCGCUUGCGAAUAUUUCAUGUUAUCGGCCAAAGUAUCGAUGUCAAUUCUUCUCGCUGUAUUGAGACUACUCGUGCCACCUUCGAAAAAGAGCUUGCUCGGAGAAACUGUUUUGAUCACCAAAGCAGGUCAUGGCGUGGGACGCGAACUAGCUCUGCAAUUGGCACCUCUGGGUUGCAUUGUCAUCUGCUGGGACACCGACGUCGACGCUAAUCGCUCCACCAUGAACUUAAUAUCGAAGAACGGUGGAGAGGUGUACGGAUUCGCUGUGGACGUAUCGAAACGAUCGGACAUACUGGAAGCCAUCCGCAUGAUGAGAAAAGCCGGCAUCGGAGACGUGAGCAUACUCAUUAACACGGCCGAAGUCGGCGGCGGUGCGCGCCGAGCGCUGCUCGAGCACGACGACAAGGACAUACGGAAGAUUUUCGACGUCAACGUUAUGUCGCAAUUCUGGACCAUCCAAUCGGUUUUACCAUCGAUGCUGCUCAACAAAAAAGGACACAUUGUCUCGGUCAGUGGCGUGUGUGGGCUAUACGGCUUGGCUGAUCGAGUGCCUUUCUGCUCGUCCAAGUUUGCUGCCAGAGGUUUGAUCGAGGCCCUAUCCGAGGAGUUAAGAUUGACGGGACACCGGUCGAUGAUUCAAUUUACGAACGUAUAUCCAUUCUGCGUGAACGCUAAGCUUUCGGCACAGAAUUCGUUCAGAUUUCCAUUCGUGUUCGGAAUCGUAUCACCGGAGUGCGCUGCAAAAGAAAUUAUCAGAGCAAUACAGAGGAAUUACGAAGAAUGCACGAUACCUCGAUCUCUUAUGUAUUUCACUUCAAUUGACAAAAUAUUACCCAAAAAAACAGUAACAAUAAUGAAAGAUUUCAUAACGAGAAACGAACGACAAUAAUUAGACUCAGUAAAGGAAGUUUG